CGCGCCCUGCCUCCCUCCCUCCCUCUCUCUCUCUCUCUCUCUCGUCUCUCUCCCGUGGUAGCAGGACCAGCGCGGGCGGCGGGGCUGGAGCGUGGCUGAGGCGGCCAUUCCUACAGAGCGAGAGAGAGCGCAGCGUGUCCCUCCCCCCCGUCCCCGGGCUCAGUCGCGCACAGGAGAUGCCCUCGGCUACCAACAGCACCAUGGCGAGCAGCACCACCGGCAGCAGCACCGGCAAAGCGGGACCGGGCAGCGAGGCUGCCCCGGCGGCGGCGGCCCCGCAGGCGGCGGCGGGUGUGAACAUCACCACGGUGCAGACCGAGGCCAUGAAGCAGAUCCUGGGGGUGAUCGACAAGAAGCUGCGCAACCUGGAGAAGAAGAAGAGCAAACUUGAUGAUUACCAGGAACGAAUGAACAAGGGAGAACGUCUGAAUCAAGAUCAACUGGAUGCGGUGUCAAAAUACCAGGAAGUGACAAAUAAUCUGGAAUUUGCUAAGGAACUGCAGAGGAGUUUUAUGGCUCUGAGCCAAGAUAUCCAGAAAACAAUAAAGAAGACAGCUCGUAGGGAGCAGCUGAUGCGAGAGGAGGCUGAGCAGAAGCGUUUAAAGACUGUGCUGGAGCUGCAGUUUAUUCUGGAGAAGCUGGGGGAUGAUGAAGUGCGCAGCGACCUCAAGCAGGGAUCCAAUGGGGUGCCAGUGCUGACAGGGGAGGAACUGACAAUGCUGGAUGAGUUUUAUAAGCUGGUUUACCCUGAACGAGACAUGAGCAUGAGGUUGAAUGAGCAGUAUGAGCAAGCAUCUGUUCACCUGUGGGACUUACUGGAAGGGAAGGAAAAACCAGUUUGUGGAACAACCUAUAAAGCGCUGAAGGAGGUCGUUGAACGAAUUCUUCAGACCAGUUACUUUGACAGCACCCACAACCACCAGAAUGGGCUGUGUGAGGAGGAGGAGGCUGCACCUGCACCUGCAGUAGAAGACGCUGCAGCAGAGGCUGAACCCGAUCCAGCAGAAGAAUUUACUGAGCCAGCUGAAGUUGAAUCAACUGAGUAUGUAAACAGACAAUUCAUGGCAGAGACUCAGUUCAGCAGUAGUGAGAAGGAACAGGUAGAUGAGUGGACAGUUGAAACGGUUGAGGUUGUAAAUUCCCUGCAGCAACAGACGCAGGCGACGUCUCCUCCCGUCCCGGAACCUCACACGCUCACUGCUGUGGCUCAGGCAGACCCCCUGGUCAGGAGACAGCGAGUACAGGACCUCAUGGCACAGAUGCAGGGACCCUACAACUUCAUGCAGGACUCAAUGCUGGAAUUUGAGAACCAAACGCUUGAUCCUGCCAUUGUGUCUGCACAGCCCAUGAACCCAGCACAGAGUCUGGACAUGCCCCAAAUGGUUUGCCCUCCAGUUCAUGCUGAGUCAAGACUUGCCCAGCCUACCCAAGUUCCUGUGCAACCAGAAGCGACGCAGGUUCCCUUGGUUUCUUCUACAAGUGAGGGAUAUACAGCUUCCCAACCCAUGUAUCAGCCUUCUCACACAGCAGAGCAAAGGCCACAGAAAGAAUCAAUUGACCAGAUGCAGGCUUCCAUGUCCCUGAAUGCAGACCAGACCCCAUCCUCAUCAUCACUUCCCACUGCAUCCCAGCCACAGGUGUUCCAGGCUGCCUCCAGCAAGCCUUUGCACAGCAGCGGAAUCAACGUCAAUGCAGCUCCAUUCCAAUCCAUGCAAACAGUAUUCAACAUGAAUGCACCUGUUCCUCCUGUGAAUGAGCCAGAAACCCUUAAGCAGCAAAGCCAGUACCAGGCCAGUUACAACCAGAGCUUCUCCAAUCAACCUCACCAAGUAGAACAAUCAGAUCUCCAGCAAGAACAACUCCAGACAGUGGUUGGUACCUACCACGGUUCCCCGGACCAGAGUCACCAAGUGGCAGGAAACCACCAGCAGCCUCCCCAGCAGAGCACUGGAUUUCCCAGGAACAGCCAGCCUUACUACAACAGCCGAGGGGUGUCCCGGGGGGGAUCCCGCGGGGCCCGGGGCCUCAUGAACGGUUACAGGGGCCCGGCGAACGGAUUCAGAGGGGGAUACGAUGGCUACCGUCCUUCCUUUUCCAACACUCCAAACAGCGGCUACACACAGCCCCAGUUCAAUGCUCCUCGGGAUUACUCAAACUACCAGAGGGAUGGAUAUCAACAAAAUUUCAAACGUGGCUCUGGACAAAGUGGACCUCGGGGAGCUCCUAGAGGUCGUGGAGGGCCCCCCAGACCAAACAGAGGGAUGCCUCAGAUGAACGCUCAGCAAGUGAAUUAAACACCUUCACAGGAUUCCGUUCAACGCCAAAAACACGCUGGCCAGUGUACAAUACAUGUUACCAGAAGAGUUACUAUCUAUUUGUUCUCCCUUACAGGAAGUUUGUUGUAAAGGGACUAUUUUCAUUACCCAUAAUGACAGGACUACAGUUGCCAGCUUUAUAUUCCCUGGAUAUUGAAAGGAACGAAACAGCGUUUACUCUGCAUGUUCUGUCCUAAGCAUCAUCUUGAGCCUUGCACAUGAGAUUCAGAUUCCUCACCCUUGCUAAGGAUAAAGCAAAAAAGGCAAUUUUUCAGGGUGAUCCAAUCUCCAUGGUUAACUGAAGUGGCAGGAAAAAGCAAAUACUCACUUCUGACAUUUAAAAGCGAUUUAACAAAAUUCAGAUUAAAUCUGCAAAUCCGUAAAUAUAUACUGUGGUGGCAGUUGACAAAACUCAAAUGUUCCCAUGAAAGGAUGGGAAAGGUGAAGUGUGGCUUGGUAGAGCAGCUGCAUUUCAGCUUUUCCUUAUUAAAUCAAAGCACUGAGCAGUUCAAGAUGUGUAGUGAUGCAAUUACCCUAAAUAGGCAGGUGGGCUUAGAGGCAGUUUGUGACAAAGAAGAGACACCCUUAGCUGCAGCACUCCUCAUCACCAGGGCCCCAAGUCCUGUGGCUAAGGAGUUCAGAGCGCUUGCAUAACUGCUAAUGUAACUGUGUAAUUAUUUUUUUUUAGGAGACAAGGUUAAAAAAAAAAAAAAAAAGAAAAAAAGAAAAGAAAAGGAAAAAAAAAAAAAAGCUUUGAUUUGGCACUUGGACAAAAUUUUGCAACAAAUCCUGAGCUAUAAUCCGGAUGGCCACUGUAUAUUUGAUGUGAAGUAUUUAGAUAUCUCUUUGAAACACUUUUAAGUUUCUUUGAUAGCAAUGACUUUUGUAAGGAUUGGUAUUCUCUUAUCAUUCCUUAUGACUUGCACAUUGUCUGUCACUAAUACUUGACCUUGCUGUAUUAUCACCUAAAUAACUGAUGCCGGUACUGAUGGAAAUCCCUAAUGGAUAAUCAUAACACUUUUGGUCACAUGUCCUUUUGUCUUUCCUGCAGCCUUGAAGGUUUUAUGAAAUCUCAAAUGCCCGCUGCUGCUGCCCUUCCAAUUGCUGUCUUUUGAAAAGCACCAGUCUGUGUUUGAGUUGAUUUCCCCUUUUCAGGGAAAUGACAGCCAGCAGUUACAGUUCUAAUGGUAUAAGCAAGAUAAAUAAAACAUGUUUAUAAAAAUUGUA